AUGUCUGCAACCAAGGACGACGGUAACCCUGAUAUAACGUCUCCAGAGAGGAACUCCGAGGCCACGACGGAGGGACCAGCCACCCCCGGCGCAGCGGCCACGAAACACCUACCCGAGGAGCAAGCACGACUCGAAGGUGGACCUUCGGCUGCAUCGAGCGGCCUUCCCAUCGUUGAGAAUAACGACGCACCAGUGGUCGACGGGCAGGACAACGCCAUGGACUUCACUCAGACAGUCAAGCGUCCGAGGGAACCUGUGGCUGCGCCAGCUAGCACCUGCGGACCGAACCCCUACACGGUGCCUGUGCCAGGGUCUAAGAAGUCGAAGGUCGCGGUGAAGCCGCGUGUCCCGCCGGACGAUCGUCGUCGAAAAGACUCCCUGCUGGCGUACGUCCUCCCUUUCCUAAAACUCGGCCUCACGGAAACGAACAAGCUCAACUGUCUCAUCAGAAAGUCCUACAAGAGAGCAAUCGGCAUCCCGGACACCACCUCGAACGAGAAGCUCGCGGCUUUAGGUCUGCACAACACGGUAGAGGAGAUCAUAGAAGCUCAGCGUGUUUCGCAGCUGGAGAGGCUGACGAAGAGUGCCACGGGCCUCCACAUCUUGGCCAGCCUUGGAAUCCGCUACGAGAGGCAAACAGGGGAGAAGGCCGACGUACCUAGACGGGUCAGGGAAGCCCUCGUCAUACCAAACAUCCCAAAGCAGAUGCACCCGACGCAUCACGCGGAACGCAGAGCGGCGCGAGUCAAGGCGCUGCAGAAACGGCUAAGGGGGGGGGGCGCCAUGGUCGCAACAGCGGUCAACCAACAAGGAGAAGUGAUCUCGAGCUGCAGUAUCAAGACGUCGGAACCGGAAGUCGCGGAGGAGGUGGCCAUUGCCCUUGCGAUCCGAGUCCGGGGGGCACGCAUCGUCGUCAGCGACUCGCAGCAAGCCAUCCGGCAGUUCGCCAAAGGAAGAAUCUCUACAGCCGCGCUCAAGGUCCUGGGCGACCCCGAGAAGACGUCAACAAAAGUACAGCUCAUAUGGACACCGGCGCACUCGUCGCUCCCCGGCAACGAGAAGGCACACGGCGCGGCCCGAGAACUCGCUCACCGGGCCGGGGAACCGCUGGACCCUUCUCUGGCUUUUUCUUCGGAGGGUGACAGGCUGGUCACAUUCAGGGACAUUCUCGAUCACUACACUGGCGAGAGGUUACGCUAUCCACCCGCGCACCCCUCGCUGGACAAGAGGACGUCGGUGGCAUGGCGCCGCCUCCAGACGGGCUCCUUCCCGAGCCCCUCCCUACUCAAUAAAUGGUACCCCGACAAGUACAAGCCAAACUGCAAGCUCUGCGGCGGCUACGCCAACCUCCGACACAUGGUGUGGGAGUGCAGCAAGAUCGACCGUAAGUCCCACCCCCUACUGGAGAAGAUCGACAACCAGGAGAGCUGGGAAACCCACGGAACUCUAGUGGCGACUAUCGUUCCGUCUGGACGGAACGCUAGCCACACUUUUUGCGAAGACAGUCAGACAUCGCUGCAGUACCACUUCCGGAGGGCGCACAACACCGUGUCCAACAUUGUGGCAGACGUAUGUCCUGCAAUCUACAGUGUCCUCAGGGAUGAUUUCCUAAAGGUAUUAUAG